GCCCGCCCCCGACCCCCUCCUCCUCCCGCGCUGUAAUGGUACGUUCCGGUCCGCCUGGCCCGGCUGCAGUGGAUGUUGCUAGAACCCACGCGGAGGAAGGAAGAGACGCAGGCAGGCUGUGGUGAGCCAAGCGGCCGCCCCUGCCUCAGGGACCCCUUCCCGGAGACACGGCACCAUGACCCAAGGAAAGAUCUCCGUGGCUAACAAGGCCCCCGGGACGGAGGGGCAGCAGCAGGCCCAUGGUGAGAAGAAGGAGACUCCAGCAGUGCCCUCAGCCCCGCCCUCCUAUGAGGAGGCCACCUCUGGGGAGGGACUGAAGGCAGGGGCCUUCCCCCCAGCCCCUUCGGCUGUGCCUCUCCACCCCAGCUGGGCCUAUGUGGACCCUAGCAGCUCCAGUUAUGAGAAUGGUUUCCCGGCUGGAGACCAUGAGCUCUUCACCACCUUCAGUUGGGACGACCAGAAAGUUCGCCGAGUCUUCAUCAGAAAGGUCUAUACAAUCCUGCUGAUCCAGCUGCUGGUGACCUUGGGUGUCGUGGCUCUUUUUACCUUCUGUGACCCCGUUAAGGACUAUGUUCAGGCCAACCCAGGAUGGUACUGGGCAUCCUACGCUGUAUUCUUUGCGACCUAUCUGACCCUGGCCUGCUGUUCUGGACCUAGGAGGCAUUUCCCCUGGAACCUGAUUCUCCUGACCAUCUUCACCCUGUCCAUGGCCUACCUCACUGGGAUGUUGUCCAGCUACUACAACACCACGUCCGUCCUUUUGUGCCUGGGCAUCACGGCUCUUGUCUGCCUCUCCGUCACCGUCUUCAGCUUCCAGACUAAGUUUGACUUCACCUCCUGCCAGGGUGUGAUCUUCGUGCUGCUCAUGACUCUUUUCUUCAGUGGACUCAUCCUGGCCAUCCUCCUGCCCUUCCAAUAUGUGCCCUGGCUCCAUGCAGUGUAUGCCGUGCUGGGAGCGGGCGUGUUUACGUUGUUCCUGGCAUUUGACACCCAGUUGCUGAUGGGUAACCGACGCCACUCACUGAGCCCUGAGGAGUAUAUUUUUGGAACCCUCAACAUUUACCUAGACAUCAUCUACAUCUUCACCUUCUUCCUGCAGCUUUUUGGCACCAACCGGGAAUGAGGAGCCCGCCCUUCCUUCCUUCCUUCCUUCUUCCUUCCUUCCAAUAAUGUCCCCUUGCUGGUCCUCUGACCCUCCCUGUAUUCCUGCAAGCCCAGAUAUAAAACUAGCUGCCAGCCCAUCCUUUGGCCUCCCCUCAGCCCGAUGCUCAUCCUCACCCUCUGCAGCUCGUACCCAAGCAUUAGGGGCCCUGUGGAACCAAGGUCACACCCUCCCCCUCUGUGCUGCCCCUUCCCCCCACUUAAUCUCCCAAAGUGGACAGUCAAGGCCAGAGGCUCCCCUGGGUUUGAGGACCAGCAGGAUUUCAGAUGUGGGAAAGAGACCCCAGGAAGCCUAGCUGAAGCCUGCACCCCACUGAGGUUCCUCCUAAGGCUGCCACAGCUAUGUGACCUUGGGGCACACUGUCCUCUGUCCAAUCCACCCCUCUGUUCUUUCCUUCCAGAUCAGGCAUUGACACUUAUAAGGGGGUGGGAGGAAGCAGGGCGAGGAGGUGAGGCUGCUUUGCAGGUGGGGGAUGUGGGUGGACCGAAUGGUUGCCCCAGGCUGCCCAUCCUCGCAGCUUUGAGACCAGCAGCUUGUUCUAGGCACUUGAGCCCUGGGGCCCGUGGGAGAGGGACAGGAAGCCAUCUGCACUUGCCUUGGUUUACCCUCCUGGGUCAUGACAGAGCACUGCUGGGGUAGGAGGUGGGGGCAGGGGGCUCUGCUUCUAAGUGGGGACCUGUCCAGGGGUUGUAAGGGAAGGGGGAGCAGGCAGCCCUCUGGGAGGCGUGGGCUCUGAAGUGGCACCAAUUCACUCAGACCUGCAUCUCCCUGGGGGGCGUUUGAGGUUGGCAGGACUGACCUUCUCUCACCCUCUUCUCUGGAGCCCCUGGGUUGUCCCCCACCCUAGGCCUGAGGCUGAGUGGAGUGCUUGGGCCCUAGAGGAUUGGAUGCUCUGAGAGAGGGAUGGUUAUACUGGCUGCUGAACCAGCCCCACGAGGAGGCAAUCCUGCCCUGCCCUGAGUCCUUUCUGCACUUCUUUCCUAAACUCUCCCCCAUCCCCUGCUGCCAUGUGCCGGCUGAUCCCCAAGCCAGGCCUCCUGAGGCCUCAGUUGGCAGUGCCCAUGUCCCUCCCCCUGGCUUCUCUGGCCACUCAGCCUGGAAUCCUAAGCCCCCUCCAUUCCUUAUCUCCUUAUCUCUCCAGUUUGGAAGCUGUUCAGCCAGAGUCCGUCCCUCCAGCUGGUCCCAUGUGAUGAGGUCUGGUCUCCUUAUCAGCCUCCAGGCAGCUGAGAGCUGAGACUUGGGCAGGGUGUGCGUCAGCCAGCCAGCCCCCUGCAGGCCCUGCUGGGGAGGGGACGAGGGGGCCACACCUGGGGGAAGUGUGUAGCCGGCGCCUCAAAGCUGGCUCUGGGCCAGUGGAAAGUUACCGGGUGGGGUCAGGGAGGUUCAGAUACCUGGACCUUCCCUUGGCCUCUCCCUUCUGGGCUCACCUCUCUCCCCUAUGCUGGGGGCUCUUUUGCUCUUGGAGAGAGUGACUAGGUACGUUAUCAAUCUGUUUUGACUCUUCCUUCAGACCACCCUUCCUGUUUUCAGCUUUCAAGAAAUAUUGCAGAAGCCUUUGAAGUUUUGUUCCACCUUGGGCAUUUGAGGAAAGAGGGAAGCAAAAACAGAUGGUGGUGUUUGUGUAUGAGACAAAGGCAACUGGGAGCAUGGCUGGAUGCCUACUGUGUGCUGGGCCCAAUUAAUCCAUUAAAGCAAUCCUAUAAAGGGAGUAGUCUGCACAUGCCAAUCGCAGAGGGAAAAACUGAGGUGAUGGAGAGGAUCGGGAACAAGACCAAGGGCAUACAGCUAACCUACUAGGUUGGGGCUAGAAUGAGACCAGGUGGUCAGGCCAGACAUCUCCUGAUGUCUUUGGAGAUUUGUUGUCCUCUGUGCCACCCCUGGCCUCCCCCCUGCCCCCAACUACCACCACCAAAUUUUGUACUCUGUCAUUUCCACCUUUUAGACACAAGCUGGGGAGCAGGAUUCUGGUGUCUGAUUCCCAGUCUCACUGCCGCAGGGUCAUGGUAUUGAGCGAGAUGGAAGACCUCGGUCUGCACAGUGGAGGGAGAGGCGCCAGAACCCUUGUUUCCACUGACUUCCUGGUCUGGUUGCCACCUUUCCUCCAAGGCCCCUUCACUUCCUCUCCUAAUCUCUGGCCCCAAUUCCAAAGGGCUCACUCAGCCCGGGCCUUGGCCAUGCUUCCCAGAAUCCUCUUGUCCAAGUCCUCUUCUUCCUAGGACAGUUGAUGCAGAAAUAGGAUUGAGAAGCUUAAAUCCAAGGCUGAGCUCCGAAAGCUUGCAGGGAGGAGGUAAGCCCUCAGCAACAAACCUGACA